AUGUCCUACGACACCCUCCUCGCGCGCACGCUCAAGCUCAACCCCCGCCAGCGGCGCACCGCGCUCUCGUCCCUCUUCGGGCUGACGGCGCUCGCCGCGCUCGCGACCGUCUCCGCGUCCGCGCUCCUCCCGUGCCCCGUCCCGCGCAGCCGCUUCGCCGACGACGGCGGCGGCGGCGCACCCGCGGGUGGGCACAGGGUGACGACGGUCGUGGACCGGAAGCCGCGGCGGUGGAUCGAGGAGACGCGGCCGCCGUCGCAGUCGCAAUCGUGA